CUGAAAAACUGUACACAAAUUUCUUUUUAUAUUUUUUCAUUUAUAAAGGUGUCUGCUCAGAGUCUCACUUCGCUCUGUGUGAAAAUGGGUUCUCUACUUUACUCUCAUUAAACCACAGCCGCAAGCCAACCAGCUCAAAACCUUUUCUUUAGUUUCUCAUUUCUAGUUCAGUUUUGAGCAGUUGAGAAACAUGGAAACGAGCUCAUUUUCUAGGCUUUUAAUUGCAUUUUGGUUAGCGCUAUGUUUGGGCAGUCAAGUGGUUCAGAGCAGUGUUACCUAUGAUAGGAAAGCUAUAAUGAUUAAUGGACAGAGGAGAAUCCUCUUCUCUGGCUCCAUUCACUAUCCCAGAAGCACUCCUGAUAUGUGGGAAGAUCUGAUACUGAAAGCUAAAGAUGGAGGACUUGAUGUGAUUGAGACUUAUGUUUUCUGGAAUGUCCAUGAACCAUCUCCAGGAAAUUACAAUUUUGAAGGAAGAUAUGACAUUGUGAGAUUCAUAAAGACAAUACAGAGAGCAGGUCUCUAUGCUCAUCUCCGCAUUGGGCCUUAUGUUUGUGCAGAGUGGAAUUUCGGAGGGUUCCCUGUGUGGUUAAAAUUUGUGCCAGGCAUCAGCUUCAGAACGGACAAUGAGCCUUUCAAGAGAGCUAUGCAAGGGUUUACUGAGAAGAUUGUUGGACUGAUGAAGAGUAAUAACCUGUUUGAGUCACAGGGUGGCCCCAUUAUUAUCUCUCAGAUUGAGAAUGAGUAUGGAGCAGAGAGUAAAUUACUGGGGGCUGCUGGCUCUAAUUAUGUUAAUUGGGCAGCAAAAAUGGCAGUAGAAACCGGAACUGGGGUCCCUUGGGUGAUGUGCAAGGAAGAUGAUGCCCCAGAUCCAGUGAUAAACACAUGCAAUGGCUUCUACUGUGAUGCAUUCCAACCCAACAAACCCUACAAGCCAACAAUAUGGACCGAGGCAUGGAGUGGAUGGUUCUCGGAGUUUGGAGGUUCACUUCACCAUCGGCCUGCUGAAGAUUUGGCAUUUGCUGUUGCUCGAUUCAUUCAAAAAGGAGGAUCCUUUGUUAAUUAUUACAUGUACCACGGAGGCACAAAUUUUGGUCGUACGGCUGGAGGUCCUUUCAUCACUACCAGUUAUGAUUAUGAUGCUCCAAUAGAUGAAUAUGGUUUGAUUAGACAGCCAAAGUAUGGUCAUCUAAAAGAGCUUCACAAGGCUAUUAAGAUGUGCGAGCGGGUUUUAGUUGCAGCGGACCCCAUUGUCACUUCACUUGGAAACUUCCAACAGGCUCACAUGUACACAUCAGAAUCUGGAGAUUGUGCAGCUUUCCUAUCUAAUUACGAUACCAAAUCUGCUGCAAGAGUGUUAUUUAACAACAUGCACUAUAACUUGCCUCCUUGGUCCAUCAGCAUCCUUCCUGAUUGCAGGAAUGCAGUCUUUAACACUGCAAAGGUUGGAGUCCAGACAUCACAAAUGCAGAUGUUGCCCACAAGUGUUAAUAUGUUAUCUUGGGAAAGCUAUGAUGAAGAUAUUUCUGCACUAGAUGACAGCUUAACAAUAAUUGCUAAUGGUCUAUUAGAGCAAAUAAAUGUCACAAGGGACGUAAGUGAUUACUUAUGGUACACUACUAGUGUUGACGUUGGUUCAUCUGAAUCUUUCCUUCAUGGAAGUGAACUCCCCACCCUCAUUGUUCAAUCAACAGGUCAUGCGGUACACAUUUUUAUCAAUGGACAACUCGCAGGUUCUGCCUUUGGAACAAGGGAAAAUAGGAGAUUUACAUUCACCGGGAAGGUCAAUCUGCGUGCAGGAACAAACAAAAUUGCACUGCUGAGUGUUGCUGUCGGAUUACCAAAUGUAGGGGGACACUUUGAGACAUGGAACACUGGAAUCCUAGGUCCAGUUGCACUACAUGGACUCGACCAUGGAAAACAGGACCUAUCCUGGCAAAAAUGGACAUACCAGGUUGGGCUUAAGGGCGAGGACAUGAAUCUUGUCUUACCAAAUGGUAUUUCUUCUGUCGAGUGGAUGGAGGGAUCAUUGGCAGCACAAAAGCAGCAGCCAUUAAGAUGGCAUAAGGCAUACUUCAAUGCACCUGAGGGUGACGAGCCUUUAGCUUUGGACAUGGAAAGUAUGGAAAAAGGUCAAAUAUGGAUUAAUGGGCAGAGCAUUGGUAGAUAUUGGACUGUUUAUGCUCAUGGUGAUUGCAGUGGCUGCAGUUAUGCCGGGACAUUUCGACCACCAAAGUGUCAGCUUGGUUGCGGCCAGCCAACCCAAAGAUGGUACCAUGUGCCUCGGUCUUGGUUGAAACCAACACAAAAUCUGUUGGUUCUAUUUGAGGAGAUUGGCGGAGAUCCAUCGAAAAUCUCGCUUGUGAAAAGAUCCGUGUCCACCGUUUGUGCCGAGAUCUCAGAGUAUCACCCGAAUAUCAAGAACUGGCAGAUUGAAAGCUACGGGAAGACGGAAGAGUUCCACGGACCAAAGGUUCACUUGCACUGUAGUUCCGGACAGGCAGUCUCUUCCAUCAAAUUUGCUAGCUUUGGAACUCCUUUGGGAACUUGUGGAAGUUACCAGCAAGGCCCUUGCCAUGCUCCUGCUUCGUAUGCCAUCUUGGAGAAGAAGUGUGUUGGGAAGCAACGAUGUGCCAUCACCAUAGCCAACAGAAACUUUGGGAAAGAUCCAUGCCCGAAUGUAUUGAAGCGUUUAUCGGUUGAAGCUGUUUGUACUCCGAUGAUAUCAACAAUAGCACAACCAGGGGUAAAUUAGAUCGAACGAGUGAUGGAGUUGUAACAAUAGCACAACCAGGGCUAAAUUAGAUCGAACGAGUGAUGGAGAACAACUCCAUAUAACGUUUGUAACUAGUAAUUUAACUUGCACUAUCAGGCAUUGAAGCAGGCAGAAAAGAAAAAAAAAGAAAAAAAAGUGGAAAGAAAAGGCGUUUGGUUUAGUUAAGGUUGAGUGCCAGAGUUUCUCAAAAUGGAGGGCUUUGGCCGAAGGUAUUUCAGUGUUAUAGGCAGUUGUUUUAGUUUGAGUAGGGCUUAGGGUCCUCGUAAGUUGAAAUUUCUAGCUUGUGCCCCCUCCGGCCUUUUAACCGGAGAAAAAACACACACGAUGUUGGUGUGAUUGAUUUGUAUUUGUACGAGUGGGGGAAAGUUAAAAGUGCCUUGGUUUUCA